UACUACUUAUAGUAUAUAGUACUAUAAGAUACUUGCAGAUUUGUGGUAGACCAUAUUCUUGCUGAUUUUGUAUUGUUAUGGGAGAAUGUGCUGUUUGGUUUUCAUGGUUGUGAUAAAAAUAAGUGUUUGUAUACUCUGUAAUUGAUUGUAUUUCUGCCUUUAUGCAAUACAAAAAAGAAGAUAGGCUACACAGCCUAAUUUACAACCAUUAGGCGAUAAACUCAGUUCGAUGGCUUUAGUCGCAGCAGAGUGACGUACACUCGCUGAGAUGAGGGGCGUGUUCAUCAUACUGUAAACAAGGCUCCGUUCCAUUUCUGGCUGAGUAUAUCCACCCUUACGGCUUUCCUUAGAUACUUUCAAUAUAAAUUUCACAGUGUAACAUCCUUCUUUAUGCAUAUAGCAGCUACACUUUCUUUGUGAUAUAUACGAUCUUGUCUUCAGUUGAUGUCAACCUAAGCGUUUUUACUAAAUCACUAUCGUAUUGCAGCAUUGUGUUCUGAUCAGUCCCCACUGGUUACAUGCCACAACAACAGUCAGGAUUCACGCGUUCCUAACACAGUUCUCGUCCCAGCUUGAAAGGAGUAGCUAAUGUAAUCACGAAGUAGGAACGCCGGGCACACCCCUAUCGUUGUUCUGGACGCACAGAUAGCCAGAUCCACAAUGCCCGAUCCAGAUGCCGUUGCAGGUGGCUCCGUGGUGUCCGACCCACAGCACUCCCAGAAACUUCUCAGGGCCCUCCGCUCCCUCUGUAAAGAGCAGUGUUUUCAAGACUCGGUGCUGGUGUUAGACGGAGAACGGAUUCCAGUCCAGAGGAACAUACUGGCCGCAGCUAGUCCCUAUAUACGAACGAAGCUGAACUACAACCCCCCAAAGGAGGAUGGCUCCAUGUACACCAUCGAGCUGCAGGGCAUCUCUGUGCCCAUCAUGGAGCAGAUCCUGGAGUACAUCUUCACUGGGGAGAUCAGCCUGAGUGAGGACACCAUCCAGGACAUGGUACAGGCCGCGGACCUCCUCCUGCUCACGGACCUCAAGUCUCUGUGCUGCCAGUUCCUGGAGAGCUGCAUCUGCGCCAACAACUGUAUUGGCAUCCGCCUGUUCUCCCUGCACUACUGCCUGCACCACGUCUACCACUCCGCCACCGACUUCCUCCAGACGCACUUCCGAGACGUGGCUGUCAGCGACGAGUACCGGGAGCUGCCGCCGGAUCGUGUUUGCGAGCUGCUGGCCAUGGAGAAGCUCAAUGUGGGCAGCGAGAAGCACGUGCUGGAGGCAGCGGUGCGCUGGCUGGGUCAUGACCUGGAGGGCCGCAGGGUGCACAUGAAGGAAGUGAUGUCAGCAGUGUGGGUCCAGGGUCUGGACGUGCCCUACCUGAGGGAGCAGGCCCUGGGGGAGCCCCUGAUGAGGGAGGUGGUGAGGGAGUACUGCCAGGCCCCUCUAGGGGGCGCCCCCCUGCAGGGAGAGGAGAUGCUGGCUGCCUUCAAACCCCGCGGCUACUCCGAGUGCAUCGUCACCGUGGGCGGGGAAGACAGGAAAACCAGGAAGCCGUCGGCUGCGACACGCUGCAUGUGCCCCCUCUACGAUCUCAACAAGCAGCUCUGGAUCGACCUGGAGCCCAUGAGCGUCGCUCGGACGGGUCACGGGGCGGUGACUGCAGAUGGCUACCUGUUUGUGAUUGGUGGCAUGGAUGAGAACAAGACGCCGCUAAACAGUGGGGAGAGAUACGACCCAGAGUCCAACACUUGGACUGCCAUCCCCCCAAUGAAACAGGCUCGUCAGAACUUUGGCAUAGUGGAGAUGGACGGCCUGGUGUUUGUUUUGGGAGGUGAGAACGAGGAGACCGAGCUGCUGACCAUGGAGGUGUUUGACCCCCACUUCAAAACCUGGACCACCCAGACCAGCAUGACCAUGGUCCGAAAGAUUGGCUGCUAUGCCUCCAUGAAUAAGAAGAUCUAUGCCAUGGGUGGCGGCUCGUACGGGAAGCUGUACGACUCAGUGGAGUGCUACGACCCAAAGACCCAGCAGUGGACCGGGCUGAGCCCCCUGAAGGAGAGGAGGUUCGGCUCCGUGGCGUGCGGCGUGGGCCAGGAGCUGUACGUGUUCGGGGGCGUGCGGAGCAAGGACUCGGAAAACCCUGAGAACAGCCAGAUGACCACCUGCAAGUCCGAGUUCUACCAUGACGAGAUGAGAAGGUGGCUGUAUCUGGACGACCAGAACCUGUGUGUCCAAACCAGCUCCUCCUUUGUGUACGGAGCCGUGGCCAUCGGAGCCAGCAUUUAUGUGGUGGGGGACCUGGACACUGGCACGAGCUACGACUACGUACGGGAGUUCCGUCGCAGCUCAGGGACCUGGCACCGCACCAAGCCCAUGUUGACCUCUGACCUCUGCAAGACGGCCUGCUCGGCCCUGCGCAUCGCCAACUGUCGUCUGUUCCGUCUGCAGCUCAAGCAAGGCCUUUUUAGGAUCCGCAUGCCCAACGUGUAGAGCCUGUCCACUCGCCCUCCUGAUUCCAAUACCACUCAUCAGUACACACACCCAGCCUCGCACACUCCCUGGCCCCAUCCCAAACUAAAGGUUUCCGACCUGUGCCCGUGCACUAGUGGAACAUGUGUUAGCACAUGGCUAAAUGCUGGGAGCUUGGACAGUUUCACCUGUGCUUAGGGUUCUGGUGUAGUGGAUGACUUAGGGAUUCGGGCCUUCACCUAGCACAUUGAUCCUCUCUCUCUCUGCUUGGGAUGGUUACUAAGGGGGUCUUACUACAGAGGGGUGAGAUGGGACAUGCUGCAUGAGCGCUUCCCUUCUAACCAUAGGUUGCCUUUUUAAACAUUUUUUAAUUGUCGUGUGGAUUUCGCUUUUUAUCGUUUUGUUUUUGCUUUGGUCCAUCUCCUCGGUCAUCUGUAUGUUUAGUUAGCGUUUUGUGUCUGCUUGCGGGUGUUUUAAAAAGCUGUGCAUUUCAGAUGGGGCAUAGCCGGUCCGACCCAAUAAACAAACUAUAGAUUGGUUUAGGGCCCUGCGAUUGGGGCUACACUAUUUUUGUUUAGGGACCCCGAAUCCCUAGGGCUGGCUCUGCAGAUGGGAGACGCCAAGUGUUGCUAUCAUUACCGAGUCAAUCUUAACACAACAACGACAAAAAUCAUAAGGCAAAGGUCUGCAGUGGGAAUAAUACCCUUUAACCUUUUUUGUUCGGUUACACAGAAUUACUGUUUAAUGUGUGUGUUUAUUCGGGGUUUAUAAAGAAGGCGUGUUUUGUCAGUCACACUACAACGCCACAGGAGUUUAGAAAUAGAGUUAUUGGUGGUAGAGCUCCUGAAUUGCUGAUUUUAUUUUGCAGCUUGUGAUCUUUGACCUGGCAUUCCAGUCAGAGUGGACGGUUUUGGCAUCCGUUGACCCCAUUUGUUCUGUGAGUUACAGCUGCUGCUGUCCAUCCUCACCCAGGGAGAGGGCACACACACACACACACACACACUAUAGGGGACAGAACUGUAGGGGUUGCAAGCCAACACGUCUUAGAAAUGUUCAAACACACAAACAGCCAUGUCUAACACAUACACCUCACACGAUCACACACGGGCACAGAAACUCUGAGCUGGAUCUCACGUCACAACGCUAAUCGAAUCUAUGCCGCACACAUACACUCAAAUGUACACACGCAUAUGUAACGUAUUCAAAGGAGACAACAUUGCCAGGAUAUUAUAAGGAACCAGACUGGUUCAACCAGCACAACUUUACUCGUGUCUUGUCUCCAUUCCGCUCGUGCGCUCUACAGUAGUCAGGUCUGCUGUAGUCUAUUGUGUGCCGUACGCCACAGUUAACACUAUCAAUAUACUAGUCUCAUAGUGCUACAUGGACACUUCACAUUCCAUAGUGUCACAUAAUGGUCUACUGUAAAACCUUUCCGCUCUGCUGUCUGGUGUCCCAGCAGGUAACAUCCUACUGUGUUACACUAUGGAUCCUGACUGUAUCUAUCAUCUUAUUUGAUGCACUUUAUUAUUGACAUGGUGGUUUUGGGUGGCUUUAAAGGAGCUGAGGCUGAGUUAAGCAAGGUGUGGUAUUCUCUGGUGGUUCUAGAGGGUUUGGGAUUCCAAUUUCCGUAUAGGGACAAAUGAUCUACAAGUUAUGAGUCUAUGAGUUACAGGAUCAAUAAAAGUAUUAAACACCUCUGAUUGACCUAUCAAAGAUGUAGCCUUUAAUACUGAUAUGUUUUUUUAAUCUGGAUUUCCAUUUUAGCCACAGAUUGUCCAUGGGACAUCAUUUUAAUAAAGGUGAUGCAAAACCAUAA